AUGACACUCCCAGACGUUCUCAUCACAGGCGGUUGCGGCUUUGUCGGCGCAGCGAUCGCCAGAGCCAUCACAGAAAAACACCCGGAAUGCAGAACCACCAUCAUAGACAUAAACGCCCCUGGCCCCAUUCAUCAAGUCCCAUCUCAGGCCCAUUUUGUCAAGGUGGAUAUUACUUCCAGAGCAGAAGUCGAGGAAGCCAUACAUCAGAUUCGACCCACUAUCGUGAUUCACACUGCUGGGAUUGUACCUGGAUUAGCAGAGCGGUUUGGUCGGCGGAUGCAGAGCAUGGUAUGGAAGAUUAAUGUUGAAGGCACAAGGGUUAUGCUCGAUGUCUCGAAGAGAUUGGGGGUCAAAGCCUUCGUAUUUACAAGUAGUUGUUGCGUGCUCAUAGAUGAUAUGCGACUACCCUACAGAAACGUUACUGAAGAGUGGCCGACAUCGCAGAAUUCGUUGAUUUAUGGCGAAUCAAAGGCAGCUGCAGAAGAAUUAGUUUUACAAGCCUCUUGUGCCGAGAUGGCUACUUGUUCACUCAGGCCCUCCGUCCUGACGGGCCCCGGAGAUUACCAGCUCCUACCAGCAAUCCAUGCAUGUAUCGCCAAGGGAGAAACUCCAUGGGUAGUCGGCAACGGCCAAAACUAUUGGGACAUUACUCUAGUCCAAAAUGUUGCAGAUGCGCAUGUUCUAGCGGCUGAAAACCUGGUUUCAACAAGGACAGCAGAAGGAGAGGCUUUCUUCAUUCAGAAUAAUGAGCCCAUCACUUUUCGAGAUUUCUGCCUGGCGAUAUGGAGGGAUUUUGGACAUAUACCCCCUUUCACUGUCCAUAUCCCAGAGUCGCUUGCCUGGCUGGCUGGGUUGGUGGCUGAGUGUUAUACUUGGUUUACCGGUACACCUACAACGCUUAGUAGAGGCAGUGUUAAUGAUGCAUGUCAUAUGAGAUAUGCAAGUGGUGAAAAGGCUCGACGUAUACUUGGUUAUGAAGCUAGGCUGGGUCUUGAGGAGGGGAUUAGGCUUAGCUGUGAGGAUUACGCUCGUCGACUACGUAUCAAGCUACCCGAUGCCCCGGGCUUUCGCAAUCGCCAGGGUGCAGAAAUGAAGAAAAGUUUGUGA